GCAAAGUUAAAGUAUUCAGAUUUGGAUUUUAUGGUCAAAUGCAAAUAUUCUCUUUUGAUUUAAGAGCAGCUUUGCAGUCAUAAAUUUUCAAAGAAAUAUGUGGAAAUGGUUAGCUCCGAUAUUUUUAGUUUUCGUCACACUUUCGAAAUCAUCAAUAUGUUCAGCUUUUGGUCUCGGUGAAUCUACAUUACUAGAAAAUGGUAUAGAAUCUAUCUUUGGAGAUCUGAUACCCAGCAACAAGAAUUCUUCAGUUCAGUACCAUCUCUUUAAUCCAGAAAACCCAGAGAAGGUCUGCUAUAUCGAGCCUAAAGAAUCCAUAUUUCGUAACUGUGCCUUCAAUUCAAAUUAUGACACGAAAUUUCUUAUUCCUGGAUAUAAUGUAAAGUUAAGUCCAGGAAAUUUAUUUGAGAAAAUGAAAGACACAUUAUUAGAAUAUGACAAAUAUAAUGUUAUUAUUGUGAAUUGGACCGACUAUAAUCAACAGAAUUAUGUGUUGGAUGUUGUAUAUGCUUAUAUUGUUGGUAUCGAUGUUGCAGAUAUGAUAAAAUUCUUAUUGUCACAUGCAGGUGUAAAUGCAAGCUCUAUUCAUUUGAUUGGCCACAGCUUAGGCGCCCAAAUAGCUGGAGUUGCAGGCAAACGUAUAUCGAAUUUGGGAAGGAUAACAGGAUUAGACCCAGCUGGACCACUGUAUCCAAAGUUCAUCACAUAUGAUAGGUUGACUUCGAAAGAUGCAGAUUUCGUUGAUGCAAUACAUACAAGCAACUCAUCCAACAAGGGAAACGGAUUUGGAGCAUCUUAUGCUAUGGCUUGGAUAAAUUUUUAUCCAAAUGGUGGAGAAAGACAGCCUAAGUGCCAAAUUGGAAAGAAUUACACUAACGGUGAUGGAGUGGAAAAGGAAAUUAAAACCUCUGAGGAUCAGGCGGGAUGUAAUCAUGAUUCUUCAAUCACGUAUUUCAUUUCGUCCAUACUUGAUUGUGAAUAUCUUAGCACGCAGUGUAACAGCUAUAAAAUGUACGAAAGAGGAAAAUGCGAAUCUGAAUCACAUCCGAAGAACAGAAUGGGACUCCAUUCUAUGGAAAUUCCAGGGCUCCAAGACCAUUCCAAGUUCUAUCUGAAAACUUCUUCAAAUCCGCCAUAUUGUUGAAACCAGGAUUUCAUAAAAUAUCAUUUGAAAAUUAGCUUCUGUAUCUUGCAUUAUGAAUCAUAAUGAUUAAAUGAAUAAUAUAUAACUGA